AUGAGAAACAAACUCGUGAAGGAAACGUUUACAGUGCAGGCUGCGCUGGACAGCGCUACAUCCCUCAUCCAGGCAGCCAAGAACUUGAUGAAUGCCGUGGUCCUCACAGUCAAGGCCUCUUAUGUGGCUUCUACCAAGUACCAGAAGGUGUACGGCACGGCGGCGGUCAAUUCCCCGGUGGUGUCCUGGCGCAUGAAGGCCCCGGAGAAGAAACCCCUGGUGAAGAGAGAGAAACCGGAGGAGUGCCAGACCCGUGUCAGGCGAGGCUCGCAGAAGAAACACAUCUCCCCCGUCCAAGCCCUCAGCGAAUUCAAGGCCAUGGACUCCUUUUAACUCCACACCACAGAUACCCAAAACUCCUCCUCCUCUCUUUAUUUCUUCUCCUCUUCUUGUUACGGCUUAUUUUCUUGGAGCUGUAUCUUGUUCCAUGCAGCAAUGUGUGUGUAUGUGCCCAGUAAAUGUCUGUGAGUUGGAGGGGCUUGGCCACCCACCCUCUUCGAACCAAAUUUCGCUGUAAAUGAGAAACAAACUCGUGAAGGAAACGUUUACAGUGCAGGCUGCGGUACAAUUCAUGUGGUGUUCAUUCUCGCUGACUGGCCAUAUAUACACAGAGAUAUUAAAGAAUAUAAUCUAUGGUAUAGUAGUGUCAGCCCUAACCGAGGCAGAGGUGCUGCUUUCCUACCUAAUGAUUUUUAUUAUUAUUAUUAUUUAAAAUCAAUAUUACCCUUAGUAAUAGGAAUAACUUAUGAUGAAACAAUUUUCUUCCUUCUUCCCAGUUAUCCAUAUGGUGACCUGAUGCACUAGUUUUUGCAUUUAAAAAUGCAUUUCUUUAAUUAUAUUAUUGUAUCACUAACCAUGGCAGCCAGGUUGGCUACUGUAUAGUAUUACAUUUAGAAAAGGACUAGUUGUGUGGUUUGCUCAGAGACUAGUAGAAUCCUGCAUACCUUUAUAGUUCUGAUUCUCUAAUAAACCUUGCAACUGUGUGUGUCGAGUCAAGUUAUUUUCCUAUCCGUUCCAUUCAGCUUCAUGAUGGACAACAAACGACCUUUGCACCAGCACCUGAUGUAUUAUAUUUGAUGCCGCAAACACAUUUUC